AUGGAAGCAAAAAACCGAACUGUUAUUUCAGAAUUUCUUCUUCUGGGAUUGAGUAAUGAUUUAGAACUGAAGCCUCUCAUCUUCAGCAUCUUCCUGUCCAUGUACCUGGUCACCAUGUUGGGAAACCUGAUAAUUAUUCUGACCAUCAGCUAUUACUCCCACCUCCACACACCUAUGUAUUUCUUUCUUUCUAACCUAUCUGCUAAUGAUAUUUGUUUCAGCACAAGUACAAUCACAAAGAUGCUGCUGAAUAUUCAAAAGCAGGAUCAGAACAUCUCUUACAUAGGCUGCAUCAGCCAGGUCUGCUUUGUUUCAGUUUUUGGUGGUAUGGAAUAUUGUCUCAUUGCAGUGAUGGCCUAUGUUUGCUAUGUGGCCAUUUGUCACCCCCUGAGGUACAUAAUUAUCAUGAACCUCUGUCUCUGUGUCAUGCCAGUUCUGAUCUCUCUGUUCAUUAGCACUGCAGUUGCUCUGCUGCACAGUCUGAUGGUUUUGCGGUUGUCCUUCUGCACAGAACCAAAAAUCCCCCACUUCUUCUGUGAACUUGGUCAGAUCAAACUCUCAUAUUCUGAUCCUCUGAUCAAUAACCUCCUGAUAUUUGUUACAGUUUGUGUAUUUGGUGGUGUUCCUGUCACUGGAAUAAUUUUCUCUUAUGUUAACAUUGUUUUCUCUCUUCUGAGAAUGCCAUCAUCAAUAGGAAAGCAUAAAGCCUUUUCAACCUGUGGGUCUCACCUGUCUGUUGUAUCCUUGUUUUAUGGGACAGGUUUUGGGGUUUACAUUAGCUCUGCAGUUACUGACUCAUCCUGGAAGUCUGCAGUGGCUUCAGUGAUGUAUUCUGUAGUCCCCCAAAUUCUUAACCCCUUUAUCUACAGCCUGAGAAACAAGGAAAUGAAGGAAGCUCUGAGGAAACUUAUCAGCAUGACAACUUCUGUGAUGUAUCAAUUGUUAUGGGCUUGGGUUUCUAGAGUAAGUCUGUUUGAAAUAUGCCAGAAUGUGAGACACUUCUGCCAUUGUAUUCUUCCAAAAUGA